AUGCGCUCUGGUGACUUGUUAGUAGAGGUGAAUUCUCGAAAACAAGCCCAGCAGCUUCAAAAACUAAAAGCCUUAGCAACAAUAGCCAUCACAGUAUGUUCUCAUCAAUCUCUGAAUACUUCCAAAGGCGUUAUUACCUGCGGAGAACUAUUAAAUGUCCCCGUAGAGAUAAUAAAGAAAGAAAUGAAACCACAAGGUGUAAUUGACGUUCGCCGCAUAAAUAUAAGGCGAGAUGAGCAGCUUAUAGAAACUAAACACCACAUUCUGACUUUUCAGACACCAAAAUUACCCGAAUACGCUUAUGCCGGCUAUAUUAGAUUACCAGUCCGUCCAUAUAUCCCAAACCCUCUUAGGUGUUUCCAGUGCCAGCGCUUUGGCCACUCAAAGGCGAAUUGCCGCGGGUCACUUACUUGUGCCCGUUGUGCUGGUAAAGGGCAUGAGAGCCAGCAGUGUUCCGAACAAGAAAAGUGCGUGAACUGCGAUGGCAGCCAUCCCUCUUAUUCUCGAUCCUGCCCGCGUUGGGAACUGGAAAAAAAGAUCACAACAGUCAAAAUAAAAGAAGGUAUACCUUACCCUGAGGCCAGGCGAAAGGUACAAAUACAAACUCCUAAGCCUGGUAUUAGUUAUUCUUCUGUUGUAAAGAAAUCAUUUUGUGAAAACUGCACCUGUAAUAAUUGUAAAAAAAUUACCAUAAAAUCUAAAAACUUUGAGAAAAAAUCAGAUACCGAUACCGAAAAUUCUACAACGAGUUCACCUGAAACUUCCCAACUUGUUAAACCAAAAUCGAAAUCAAAACGAAAAUCUCAAAAUUCGCUGACACUGCAGCUUGCGAAGCGCGGCCUUUCGCAUAAGGACCUUAGUGUAAAAUUUAAAAAAUCCAAAGCGAAAAAUUCCGUCGCCUUAGGGUUAGCGACGCAAGGUGUGGUCCAUAAGGACUUAUCAUCUAUCUUUGGUGAUGCACCUAAUAUUAACCCUGAUAUAAAAUUGCAUCCUUCUGAGGAUGAUGACGACUUGGAGAUGAAUUGCGAAAUUCAGACAUCUCCAACUACUGCCUCUUCUCUUUCCUCUUCAAAAAGACUCUCUUAA